GGGACCGUGAAUGCGGCACUCUGGGAGGGUCCUGGGAGCGUCGACCUUAGCUUCUCGGACGCUCACUCGCUCGGAUCGCGGCUACUCAACGGGAGGAGGAAACGCGGAGCUCUUUGGCAUUUGAAAGCGCUGUGUGUGGGGGAAAAAGAUGGCAGCCAUCAGGAAGAAGCUGGUGAUAGUCGGGGAUGGUGCGUGUGGGAAAACCUGUCUGCUCAUCGUCUUCAGCAAGGACCAGUUCCCGGAGGUCUACGUCCCCACGGUGUUUGAGAACUACAUCGCUGACAUUGAAGUUGAUGGCAAACAGGUGGAGUUAGCGUUGUGGGACACAGCAGGUCAGGAGGACUACGACCGACUGAGGCCUCUCUCCUACCCCGACACAGACGUCAUCCUCAUGUGCUUCUCCAUAGACAGCCCUGACAGUUUAGAGAACAUUCCUGAGAAGUGGACACCUGAGGUGAAACACUUUUGUCCCAACGUCCCGAUCAUUCUCGUGGGCAACAAGAAGGACCUCAGGAAUGAUGAACACACACGUAGGGAGCUGGCCAAGAUGAAACAGGAGCCUGUGAAGUCUGAAGAGGGCAGAGACAUGGCCAAUCGCAUCAGUGCCUUCGGCUACCUGGAGUGCUCCGCCAAGACCAAGGACGGCGUGCGGGAGGUGUUUGAGAUGGCCACCAGGGCAGCGCUGCAGGUCCGCAAGCGCAAAAAGAGGGGCGGCUGCCAGCUACUGUGAGGAGGUGGCGUUCGUUUGCCGAUCAGCACCCGAGGGGAGCACUCCCCCGACACACUGAGCAAACCUCGAGAAACCUUAAAUCAGUGGCUUCCGUGGACUAUACGUACUUCACAGAUAUGCCACAGGCAUGAAAGACUGACACAACCUGUUUAAAAGCAAAACAAAUCAGCCUUUUUAAUAUUUCCUCUGCUACUUACACUGUCUGUGAUUUUCUGUUGUUUUGCUGUUUCGUUUUUCCUCCACCAGCCUGUUUUGCGAGAAGGACCCGUCCCCUCCUCCUCCUGUGUGUAUGUAUGAAUGUAUGUUUGUAUUUAAAGGUGCAUAUACUUACAAAUACAUCAUGCUUCUGCC